AUGGAUGUAAACACGCGCGCGGUGCGCGCCUCGAGACAAGUUUGUCCGCGCGUACACAUCGCGUCCGCACACGUCGACGCGCCGCCCCGUAGCUUUGCCCGCGGGCACGAAGCGCGCUAUCGGGUCAUUGAUAUGCCUUCUAGCUCCAGAACGCACGGCUUUAACGGCUAUGCGGUGAAGUUCUCGCCGUAUUUCCCACAAAGAAUCGCAAUCGCGUCGGCGCAGAAUUUCGGCAUCAUCGGGAAUGGCGCGCAAAUCAUCGCCGACGUGGACCCGACGACGGGUUCGCUCGUAGAGAUCGCGAGAUUCCCCACCCGUGAUGGUCUGUACGACUGCGCGUGGAGCGAAGGGCACGAGAGCGUGCUGGUUUCGGCGUGCGGAGACGGGAGCGUCAAGGCGUGGGACGUCGGCGGAGGACCGAGCGCGAAUCCGUUGAGGAGCUUUCACGAGCACACGCACGAGGUGUAUGGGGUGUCGUGGAACGUUGCGGGUGGGAGAGAUUCGUUCUUAAGCGCGUCGUGGGACGAUAAGAUCAAGCUAUGGACGCUGGAUCGACCGGAGAGCAUUCGGACGUUCGCGGAGCACGCGUAUUGCGUCUACGCGGCUGAGUGGAGUCCGCAUCAUGCGGACAUAUUCGCGAGCGCUUCGGGGGAUUGCCUGUUGAAAAUUUGGGACGUUCGACAGCCGCAUGCGACGCUGAGCGUCCCCGUGCACGAUUACGAGGCUCUGUGCUGCGAUUGGAACAAGUGGAACGACAGCGUCAUCGCCACUGGGAGCGUGGACAAGACUGUGAAGUUGUGGGACAUUCGGAAUCCGUCUCGAGAGCUUCGCACACUCGUCGGGCAUGAGUACGCCGUGCGGCGGGUGAAGUGCUCGCCGCAUUCGGAGAGCAUCGUGUACACAUGCUCGUACGAUAUGUCCGUGGCGAUGUGGGACACAAAGGCUCCCGGCGAGCCGUUGUUAAAUCGCUGGACGCAUCACACGGAGUUUGCCGUUGGUUUGGACACGUCGUGUCUUAUCGACGGUCUGAUCGCAUCGUGCGGGUGGGACGAAAUGGUACACGCGUGGAACACAAUCGAUGGGUCCCCUCCGCCCGCGCCCGGGAUCCGCCCUCCGGUGGGCGCGCCCAUGGCGCCUCCGUCUUCGAUGGGCGCGCAGCCUCACGUGCCGGUGAGAUGA